UGGUGCACUGACAACACGCUCCUUUUCCAAAACGGCAUCUUUGAAAACAGCAGCCGACUCAGCUCCGUAGUGCGUAUUCGGCUUUUAUUUGACCUACAUUUGCCCAUGUUGUUGUCAUGCAUUAUGAGAAAUUUUAGCGGAAAAAGCCAGCCACCAUAUCUGUGUGUGUGUGUGUGUGUGUGUGUGUUGCUUGAGAGCCAUAAUACCGUAUCUGAGCGGACACGACAGUAAAUGUAACAUAUAGGCAGUUCCUGUCCCCGUGCCUUCAGUAUAAACCGCAAUAUCGUAAGACGUCGCACUGGUGAAUGAAGAUCCGGGAAAGGGACGCUUUGACCCAAGUGGGAGCCCACAAACCUGCGUCAGAGGCCGGGCUUCAGGAAUGAACCGGUUUGAGUAAGGAUUAUUACUUUUCUCCGAGAUUUACUCGAGGCUUGUGUGGAGCAGUUGGGUGGUGGCAUGGCCUUGUCGUUUUGCGGCAACGACAAGGAUAUCAAUGCCUACAGCGUGGAGGAGGGCGUGCUGAACAAUGGCUGCUUCGUGGACGCGCUCAACCUGGUUCCCCAUGUCUUCCUGCUCUUCAUCACCUUCCCCAUCCUCUUCAUCGGUUGGGGCAGUCAGAGCUCCAAGGUCCAGAUCCAUCAUAACACAUGGCUUCAUUUCCCCGGCCACAACCUGAGGUGGAUCCUCACCUUCUCGCUGCUAUUUGUCCAUGUCUGCGAGUUUGCAGAGGGCAUCGUCUCCAACAAUAGGAUGAUGGAGACCAACCACCUCCAUCUCUUCAUGCCAGCCUUCAUGGGUUUCAUAGCAGCCACAACAUCAGUGGUUUACUACCACAACAUAGAGACAUCCAACUUCCCCAAACUGCUGCUUGUCCUGUUCAUCUACUGGGUGUUAGCGUUCAUCACAAAGUCCAUUAAGCUGUGGAAGUUUGCAGAGUACCUUGUUGGACCACAGCACCUGAGGUUCUGCAUCACAGCCCUGUUAGUGCUCCUGUAUGGACUGCUGAUGGCCGUGGAGAUCAACGUCAUAAGAGUCAGGAGAUAUGUGUUUUUUGCCAACCCCCAAAAGGUGAAACCACCAGAGGAUUUACAGGAUUUGGGGGUUCGCUUUCUGCAGCCGUUUGUCAACCUGCUGUCCAAGGCAACAUAUUGGUGGAUGAAUCCUCUCAUCAUUGGAGCCCAUAAGAGGCCCAUAGAGCUGAAGAAGAUUGGCAAGCUCCCCAUCGCCAUGAGAGCCCUCACCAACUACCUACGGCUCAAAGACGCCUAUGGGGAUCAAAGGACAGCUGAAGAUCCGGAUCGUGCCCCAUCCAUCUGGCGCUCCAUGUAUCGAGCGUUUGGUCGUCCCAUCCUGCUCAGCAGCACCUUCCGCUACCUGGCUGACCUGCUGGGCUUCGCUGGGCCGCUCUGCAUCUCUGGCAUCGUAAAGUACUUGAAGACUGACAAUGAUGUUGCAAUGCCAGACAAGACCAAGUACUUCUCAGCCGACAUGAACGCUGACAGCCGAUAUAUCAAUAAAUCGGAGACAUAUUUCGGUGUGUACUUCAUGUCCUCCACUGAACUGCUGCAGAACACUUCAGUCUUGGCUGUGCUUCUCUUCCUGGCUUUAGUCCUGCAGAGGACCUUUCUGCAGGCCUCGUACUACGUCACCAUAGAAACAGGCAUCAACCUGCGGGGAGCCCUGCUGGCUAUGAUUUACAACAAAAUCCUGCGUCUGUCCACCUCUAACAUGUCUAUGGGGGAGAUGACGCUGGGGCAGAUCAACAACCUGGUGGCUAUAGAGACCAACCAGCUGAUGUGGUUUCUCUUCCUCUGUCCCAACCUGUGGGCCAUGCCUGUACAGAUUGUGAUGGGAGUGAUCCUGCUCUACUAUUUGUUGGGCUGGAGUGCCUUGGUUGGAGCAUCUGUCAUAGUUCUGCUGGCUCCAGUCCAGUACCUCAUAGCUACAAAGCUGGCAGACACACAAAAAAGCUCACUAGAACACUCUACUGAUCGUCUGAAAAAGACCACAGAGAUCUUAAAGGGCAUCAAGUUGUUGAAGCUGUAUGCCUGGGAGAAUAUCUUCUGUGACAGCGUAGAGGAGACCAGAGGCAAAGAGCUCACCAGCCUCAAGACCUUCGCUUUCUACACGUCCAUGUCCAUUUUCAUGAAUGCUGCUAUUCCCAUUGCUGCCGUUCUUGCGACGUUUGUGAUGCAUCACUUCAUCAAUAAAACCGGUCCUAGUCCUUCAGAGGCCUUCGCCGCUCUAGCGUUGUUCCACAUCCUGGUCACCCCUCUCUUCCUGCUUUCCACUGUUGUCAGAUUUGCUGUCAAGGCUCUGGUCAGUGUCCAGAAGCUUAGUGAGUUUCUUCAGAGUGACGAAAUUGGAGACGACAGCUGGAGAAAUGGAGACAUGCCUGUUUCCUUCGAAGCUGGAAAAAAACACGUGGGGGUGACCAAAGCCAUCAACAGGAAGCAGCCAAUGCGCUACCAGAUGGACAACUACGAGCAGCCGACCAGACGACAGAUGAGACCCACAGAGACAGAGGAUGUGGCUGUAAAGGUGAGCAAUGGAUUCUUCACCUGGGGAAGCAACCUGUCCACGCUGUCAGACAUCAAUAUCCGCAUCCCCACAGGCCAGCUGACAAUGAUUGUGGGCCAGGUGGGUUGUGGGAAAUCCUCCCUGCUGCUGGCCAUGCUUGGCGAGAUGCAGACCAUCGAUGGAAGAGUCUACUGGAGCAAGCUCCCUGAUUGUGAGAUGGCCCACGAAGGGAACAUAAGUUGGUCAGAGACAGAGGAGACUGACGAAGACAUCAGGAGCAAGAACAGAUACUCUGUGGCCUACGCUACCCAGAAGUCCUGGCUGCUCAAUGCGACAGUGGAGGAAAACAUUACCUUUGGCAGCCAUUUCAAUAAACAGAGGUACAAGACAGUGAUUGACGCCUGCUCUCUUCAGCCAGACAUUGACCUGCUCCCUUUUGGAGACCAAACUGAGAUUGGAGAGCGGGGCAUCAACCUGAGUGGAGGUCAGAGACAGAGAAUCUGUGUGGCCAGAGCUCUCUAUCAGAACACCAACAUCGUCUUCUUGGACGAUCCCUUCUCAGCGCUGGACAUCCACCUCAGUGAUCACCUGAUGCAGGAAGGAAUCCUCAAGUUUCUGCAGGAUGAUAAACGGACUGUAGUCCUGGUCACCCAUAAACUGCAGUAUCUCAUCCAUGCAGACUGGAUCAUAGCAAUGAAGGACGGCUCUGUGCUGAGAGAGGGAACUCUGAAGGACAUUCAGACUCAUGAUGUUGAGCUUUAUGAUCACUGGAAGACCCUGAUGAACAGGCAAGACCAGGAGCUGGAGAAGGACAUACAGCAGGACAGUCAAACGACACUAGAGAGGAAAACACUGAGGAGAGCUUUCUACUCCAGAGAGGCCAAGAACCAGAUAGACGAUGAGGACGAAGAGGAAGAAGAAGAGGAGGAAGAUGAUGACAACAUGUCCACAACCACUAACAGGAGAUCUAAGAUCCCAUGGAAGGUAUGCUGGUGUUACAUGUCUUCUGGUGGGUUCUUCAUGGUCUUCCUGAUGGUGUCCUCUAAACUUCUCAAACACUCUGUCAUUGUUGCCAUUGACUACUGGUUGGCUAUCUGGACUUCCUCCAAAUCCAAUCAGAGCGCUGGAGCAGGAACAGACGGGUCUAAUGGAACCAGCUUGGCUGACAGAGCCGGCAGCAACACCACACUGCCCACGCCUGGUAGUCCGGAGGCUGAGAACGAUGACUACUAUCUGCCAGUGUUUAUCAUCCUGUGUGCGGCUGGAAUAACGUUAUGCCUCAUCACCUCUCUCACUGUGGAGUUUCUGGGUCUUUCUGCAGCCACCAACCUGCACCACAACCUGCUCAACAAGAUCAUCCACGCUCCCAUCAGGUUCUUUGACAUCACUCCCCUGGGGCAGAUCCUCAACAGAUUCUCUGCUGAUACCAACAUUAUAGACCAGCACAUUCCUCCAACACUAGAGUCUUUGACGAGAUCCACGUUGCUCUGUUUGUCAGCCAUCGGGGUCAUAUCCUCCAUCACUCCAGCUUUUCUGAUCGCCUUGAUCCCCCUGGCAGUGGCCUUCUACUUCAUCCAGAAGUACUUCCGGGUGGCCUCCAAAGACCUCCAGGACCUUGAUGACUCCACACAGCUUCCUCUGCUCUGCCACUUCUCUGAGACCGCUGAAGGUCUCACCACUAUAAGAGCAUUCAGACACGAGGCUCGUUUUAAACAGCGAAUGCUGGAGCUGACAGACACCAAUAACACAGCCUACCUGUUUCUGUCUGCUGCCAACCGCUGGCUGGAGGUCCGAACGGACUACCUUGGAGCAGUGAUAGUGCUGACAGCAGCAGGAGCCUCCAUAUGGAGUUUACACUAUGGUCUGCUUUCUGGAGGCCUGGUGGGCCUCGGACUCACAUACGCCCUCACUGUCACCAACUACCUGAACUGGGUUGUGAGGAACCUGGCAGACCUGGAGGUCCAGAUGGCAGCAGUGAAGAAGGUCAACAGCUUCCUCAGCACUGAGUCAGAGAACUACGAGGGAUCUAUGGACACCUCUCAGGUGCCUGAGAACUGGCCCCAGAAUGGUGAGAUAAAGAUCCAGGACCUGUGUGUACGCUACGAUCCCGUGCUCAAACCAGUGCUCAAACACGUCAACGCGUACAUCGAACCAGGCCAGAAGGUGGGAAUCUGUGGUCGCACAGGCAGCGGGAAGUCUUCUCUGUCGUUGGCCUUUUUCAACAUGGUGGAUAUUUUCGAAGGGAAGAUUGUCAUUGAUGGGUUCGACAUCUGUAAGCUUCCUCUUCAAACGCUCAGGUCGCGACUCUCCAUCAUCCUCCAGGAUCCUGUGUUAUUUAGUGGAUCGAUAAGGUUUAAUCUUGAUCCAGAGAGGACGUGCACUGAUGAUCGACUCUGGGAGGCGCUAGAGAUCGCUCAGUUGAAGAACAUGGUGAAAGCGCUGCCUGGGGGACUAGACGCGAUUGUGACAGAAGGUGGAGAGAACUUCAGCGUCGGACAGAGGCAGCUCUUCUGUUUGGCCAGAGCUUUUGUGAGAAAGAGCAGCAUCCUCAUCAUGGAUGAAGCCACAGCGUCUAUAGACAUGGCCACGGAGAACAUCUUACAAAAAGUUGUGAUGACUGCAUUUGCAGACAGAACAGUCGUCACAAUCGCACACCGUGUCCACACCAUCCUAACAGCUGAUCUGGUCAUUGUGAUGAAGCGAGGGAACAUUUUGGAGUACGACAAACCUGAGACACUGUUGGAGCAGGAGGACGGGAUGUUUGCCUCAUUCGUCAAGGCUGACAUGUAGACACACAGUCAACUGACAGACUGAUCAGUUGGUUGCUCUACUUCUUUUGUGUGUUCUUAAUGAGGCAGACAGACGUCUGUGACACUACAACACUCCAGUGAAGCCAAUAAUACACUGUGCUUCUCUGUGUAUUCAAUGGAAGAGAAAACCAGAUCCAGAUACACCAUCAAUCACCAGUUGAUAUAUUUGAAAUUUUGUACUUGAAUCAUUCAGUCAGUCAGCCAAAUAAUAUUGCCUUUUUUAGAACUGACAUUUAGAAGCACUGUAUACAGAGUUUUUACGUUAAACAAUGGAGAAAUUCUUGGAUCACUGACCUUUUAAGCAAACAGUAUUAAGAGUAGAAAGUUUGAAUAGAAAUAUGAAAGAAAAAUAAAUACACCAAUGGCUAGAUAAUUUGGGCUAACUAUGGCUGGAAGAUAGUAGACAAAUAUAUCUUUCUUUUGAUCUGGGACUGAGCAUAAAGAUAACGCUGGCAUUAUUCUGUAUAUUUCUUAUUGUCAACGAAUCUCAUGAAAAGACCAAAACUAACAAUGUGUCUCUCAAUUCUUUCUCACUUCCUGUCUGUGGCUGGCUUUCAGCUCCAAGCCCAUUGGUUCCUGCAGUACUGAAGACGUAAAUCUUUAAAAACACCUCACAAAUAUAUAGCUUAAUUUUUAAAAAGGCUCAGUAAUUUAUUAAAACAGCUGGCCAAUGUAGUUUUUAUCAAUUGUCACUCAAACAGGAGGAUAUAGUGCAUUUGUUGGGGACUAUUUUCAGUGGCGGAUGAAUCCACAUGUGGUACUCUAGUGAGUGUUUGGGGCAGCAGGACAGUGUGUGUGGGACUGAGUCAGAAUAAACUACAGUGUGUGUGUUCAUGGUGAUGAAGGAACAUGUCACCCAGUGCAACAGUGCGGCUCACUGAUGUGUUUUAAUAGUUUCUGGACAACAAUGAAGCUCUAUGGCUCAGAGGAAGAAGAUACAUCAGGCUGUGAUACUCACACAACACUUGUUAGUAGAUACAUUCAUUGUUGGUUUUGAUCUUUUCAUGGGAUUUGUUGAAAAAUAUAGAAUAUAAGCAGAUUUAUGUUUUAUGUUCUGUCCCUGGCCAGGACUUCCACUGAUAAGCAUAUCAUUUGGAAAUCAAUCACAGGUCAAUUAAGUGAUUGAGCUUUAACUUUCAACUUUCUGUUUCCGAGGCUGUGAAAACUGCAGAAUUUUAAAUGAUGUGUAGAGACUUUUGACGCUUACUGUAUCUAUGGACUUGGUCACUUAUGCUGCGGAGUUGUUUAUUGUAUAGUUUUAGAUUGAGCUGAACUUUAAGCUCCUGUAAGGAUCAUUUUAAAAUUGAUAGAAUUUCAAAAGUCUAAUUAUCUUGUUAAAAAUGUUUGUUACAUUUAUUUUAAACUUAUGCACAACACGUAUCGGUUUUAUUACUCUUUAGCACUUGUAUUACACAAUAAUAUGUAAGGGAGAAACUUGUAUUUAAAAUCCUUUUUAAAAUAACUGAAUAUUGGCUUUGGCCAGUGUUCUGUGCUCUGCAUACGUCAAUGCAUUGUGCAGCUUCUCGCUGUAAAGGAUUUAAAAUCCUAAUAUUUUAGACCCUGGUGUACAGUGGUAUGUGCUACAUUUUUAUGUUCUGCCAUAGAAAGAAUACUGAUAGAACUGACUCUGCUUUUGCAGUCAAUAAGCAGUUUUUCUAAACCCUUUGUUACAUCAAACCAAACUGUACAAACAGCUUUGUACCUACUUGAGGCUGCGUUCACAUCAUGUCAGAAGUUGGAGAACAGGACAACUUGAAGCUACGGCUUGACGCUCUCAUUCCCAAAUCCAAGACGAGGGUUGUAGAGUGAACUGUUGUGGCGAUUCUUCUCCUGAACAAGUGUGACAAAGGAAAUCAACAGCGAAGGAUUUGCUGCUAUUUUAGAUGUCUGUUUUGAAACACUUCUGCAACUUGUGACAUCAAAAAAAGGAGACAUCAGACCUUAAAUUGUCCUCGUCCUACUUGCAGUUUCCACCAGGAGGUCGACCUGUAUGUUUUUUCCAAGUUUUCAAUGCUGUAUGAUGUCAGCAUGGCAAACAUUUUCUUGGGACAAGAUCAGCAGAUAUCUUUUGAUGCAAGUGCAAAACUGCCACGAUCAGAGAACAAAGGGAGCAUUGUGAGUGUGCGGAGCCAGUUGGCAACCAACUUUGGUGUAAAGAAGGUGGAGAUAUACCAGAAACAAAUCCAAAAUUAGCUUUUUCACACAGGCAAAAAGCUUUGUACUUCCCAAAGAUUUACAACUCUGUAGAAUGGUUUAACUUUAUGACAUUCAUCUUCAUCAGAUACAGAGCUAUCAAACAAACCAUCACAGCCAUGUUUUGUAAUGGUUUCAAUCGUUUGUUUUAACUGUUUUACUUCUGCUCAUUAUCAUGGUUUACUUCCACCUUUAUUCUGUUCUAUCAGUAGUAUUUCUACGCCUACACUAGUGCAAACACUGUAGGGUGUCAUGGCUCAGGCUGAAGCCGGUGAACCCGCUGUCUGUCUGUGGUCAUGCUUUGCUGAAUUUGUUAUCCUCUGGGACAAUAGACACCCAACAUGAGCUCCCAUUAACUCCAGAGAUGUUUAAUGGUUUGUUGUGGACUGGUAGUGAUUUAAGAUACUGAAGAGUUCCAGUGGAAAAUACUUUGAUCCAGAAUCCAAACAUGAAUCAGUUGAAAGGAUGCAAGGAUUUCUUCAGAGCUCAAACGUAAAGCUUGUAACUUGUAUCUGCAUUAAUUACUAAUAGUUUUUAUAUUGACAUUGAAUCAAAGGGCUAAAUGUAACGUAGAAGGUAUCCACAGAGAAUUAUCGCCAACUCUGCAGUUUCAUUUAUUUGGGGUUUUCCAGCCCACAAACUCUGCUCUAAUCAAUUUCGUCUCCGGACAGACAAAAAUUAGCAACUAGCUGGUGAAGAAAUUGGAGCAUUUGGCAGCUAAAGAGCCAGAUAUUUGUCUCUGGAGUUAGUCCAGACAAAAACAGAUCUAAAAGAAGAGUGAAUAAUGGACUUAACAUUCAUCAGAUGGACACAAACACGACUCCACAGUCACUAUAACAACUUUAUUACACAAUAACGUGUCAGAUGUUGUCUUUCCAGCUUGUUCUGCUGCCCCCAAGUGGCCAAAAAAUCAAGUAAUGCAGCUUUAACACGUCGUCAGUGAUGCCAGCAACAGGUGUUAAAGCUCACUGAUUGGAUGAUUCUUACUGCAGUGUUCCCUUGGGACUUGUAGUGAUACAGGAGACUCCUAAAGACGUAUUACAGAAACAGUCUUGAACCUUUGACUUCUUUCAGUUAACUAGACUGUUUGUUUCAGUGCAGCUGAACAUUGAUUGUACUGAUGAUUUAACCAAGUGUUGGGAAUGCUGUUCGGGGCAGUCACAUUGUCUGUGCAAACAGUUAACAGCAUUUUUACUUCCAUAACUCACAUGAACAUCGAAGUAAUUAUUCCUUUAAAGCAAUAGCCGGACAUUUUGGGCAAUACGCUUAUUCGCUUUCUGGUGGAGAGUUAAAUGAGAAGAUUGAGACCGCUCUCAUAUCUGUACAGUAAAUAUGAAGAUAUAGCAGCUGAUUAGCUUAGCUUAGCACAAAGACUGGAUACAGGGGGAAACAGCUAGCCUGGCUCUGUCCAAAGGUAGCAAAAUCCACCUGUCAGCACCACUAAAGCUCACUGAUUAAAACUUAUAUCUUGUUUGUUUAACCCGUACAAAGAAAAUGUAAAAACAACGAUGCUGUUAGUUUUACGGGAGCUAAUGUGCCAGACUAUUAUGUAAUAAUGUUAUAUUCCCAGUUAUUAGUCAUGUUUUUAUAGAGUCGACCAGACUCUGCCAAAUCGAUCAUGUUAGCGUUGAAGAUAUUAGUUUACAAUCCUCUUUUUAUUUUCCAUUAGCAGCCAGUGUGCUGCUUUAAACAAAGUUUGUGCUUCUGAACAAAAUAACGAGAAAGCAAACUGCUAAUUAGCAAAUAUUUUAUUUACAUUUAUAGAGUCACAAAGCUGUCUCAAUAAGUUUUUCAGCUUUUCUAGAAUCACUCGUCCCAUCUCUGUAGAAGUGGUGCUAUUGUCCCUUUGUGUUAUUGUGAUCAGUUAUACUUAUGAUAUGCUUUUAAAUGAGAUUUUAAAAUGACUUUGUACUGUAGACUAAAUGCCAAAUAGAUUCUUUUGCAAGAAUUUCAGCAUUUUAUUUUUUAAAUGUACUCGCAGAUGUUUCAUCUCAAGAAGUUGCCUCGGUGUGUUUUUCCCUGUUACACAACUCGUUCUGUGAUAUCUGCCCCAUGUCCAUGAUUAUAGCAACACCUGUGCCACGUGUUGAUCACAAGCAUGGAAGCACACUUACAGUUUAUUCUCCUUUUUUUACAUUCAAACUAAAAUCUUUAAUCUCCAUUUACUUCCUUUAUUUAUUCACUCGUACAUCUUUUGUCUCUGCAGUUACUCCUCCUCCUCCUCCUCCAUCUUCCCCUCUCUUAAUGACAGAGUGUUCUUCCUGUUCUUUGAUCCUGAUUCAGCCUGGCCAGAAGUACGUUUCAUAAAUCUUUUGUGUUUAGUUUUACUGCAUGUGAGUGUCUGGGCUCGUGUUUCCAUGCAGCUUCUGUGCUUGCGUCUGCACUCGCCAGCCAGAAUCUGCAGACUGCUGCCUUGUAAAUUCUUCGCUUCGCACCACAAACCAUAUUUGUCUUUGAGACGAUGUCAGUGCAAAAACAGACAAAAGAUAGAAAGACACAUUAUUUUCUUUUAUACUGUGUUAGGACACGGAAGAUGGAUUUAACUUAACUUACUUUAACUUUAGUUUUGGGCAACAAACAAAUAAAAAGACUUAAUGUUUCAUAUAUUAAACACAGCACAAAGGUGGAAAUGUGGGUUAAAUUUAGGGUUUACAUUGACAGUCUGUAUACCUGCAUGUAACACAAAGUGAACAUUACACACACGUUAUCUACGCAGACAGUUUUCUUUACUCUCAUGAAUGCACAUUUGACUGUUAAAGAAUGCAACUUAAAUGCCAGAUGUCAUUUUUACAAGUACAGGUUAAUGAUUUUUUAAAAUUCUAAAUGUAUGUAAGUGUACAUUCUGUAUAUCCAAGAAUUUUUAAACCUAUAUAGCAAAGUAUUAUUAUGUGUGCCUAAUUUUUUUACACUUGAAAUGAUAAUAAAAUGGUUUUGAGUGAA